AUGGGGUCUGGGUCCUGCUACUGGAUGCUGUGGCUGCUGUUCUUGACUGUCCCAGGCCUGGGGGGCUCCAUGCCCUUGUUCCCAGAUCCCAGCUCCGGAAGUCAGCAAGGUGGCAAUUCGGGGAUGCACAGUGCCCCCACUGGGCGAUGGCCUUGGCAGGUCAGCCUCCGACAGUACAAUAAGGCGCUUGAGCUGUGGCAGCACGUAUGUGGGGGCUCCCUCAUCCACCACCAGUGGGUGCUGACUGCUGCCCACUGCACCCAUCGGGAGGACUUGGAGGUUUAUGGCUUCAGGGUCCAAGUUGGGCGGCUGAGACUCUAUGACCAUGACAAACUGAUAAAAGUCACUCAGAUCAUCCGCCACCCCAAGUUCAACCAGAGCCUGUCUGCCCAGGGCGGAGCAGACAUUGCCCUGCUGAAACUGGAGACCCCUGUGACACUCUCCAGGCUCGUCAGCCCGGUCACCCUCCCACCUGCCUCUCUGAAGGUCCCUGAGAGGAAGAUGUGCUGGGUGACCGGCUGGGGCUACGUCAGACUCGGAGCACCGCUGCCCCCGCCCUACCAGCUGCAGGAGGUGGCGGUCCCCCUUGUGGGGAACGAGGUCUGUAACCGGCACUACCAGAACUCUUCAAACAUCGUUGGCCAGAUCAUCAAGGAUGACAUGCUGUGUGCUGGGAGCGAGGGCCGGGACUCCUGCCAGGGUCACUCCGGAGGCCCCCUGGUGUGUAGUUGGAAAUGCGCCUGGGUCCAGGUAGGGAUUGUGAGCUGGGGAGACAUCUGUGGUCAUCGUGACUUCCCUGGGGUGUACACCCGAGUGAUGAGCUACAUUUCUUGGAUCCGGCAGUAUGUUCCUCCAUCCCCUGGAUCCUAG